AAGUUUUUUCAUCAAAAAAUCACGAGUUUUUCAAACUUUGAAAAUUUUAUUGAAAUUUUAAUCAAAUUCACAAUUUUAUCAAAAUUUUUCACAAUUUCAGAUUUCUUUUUUUUUUCUCCCCGGAGGAUAAAUAAGCGUUUCCCGCCGCGCCGGGCGCGGUCCGCGUCCCGGAACCGCCGAGGACAGGGGACGAACUGACGCCGUCGUUUCUGUGUCGCGACGAAAUUCCAGCGAAUUUUUCUUAAAAAUUUAAAAUUUAACUUUAGAAAACGCCGCCGCGAGAAUCCGGCGCGUGAAUCCCGGGCCUUCUCACAAUAUCACGCGGGGAACGAAAAUUUUCGAUUUCGAUUUCCAAUUCUUAAUUCCCAAAAUUUCAAAAACUCAGAAUUUCUCGGAAAAAUUUCUAAAUUUUAAUUUCGAAAUUUCCUUGAAAAAUUUUUUUCCCCUGGGUGGGCGGGGCCGGGCACGUGACGGACAGUUUCCCCCCGGGGCCCCGCCCACGAUGACGUCACCCACCCCCCCACCCACCCACACCCGGGGUCCCCGCGGAUCGCCGUCCCGUGUCCCGUGCGUCGUCGACGUCGUGGGAACCGCGUCAGUCCUCAGGCGCCCGGGGUGGGGCGCGGUCCUGUCACGGGACGAUGAGAGCGUCAGCGUGCGCCUCGCACGCGUGCACGCGCGACGUCACGCCGGGAACACGCGACGUCACGCCGGGAACACGCGACGUCACGCCGGGAACACGCGACGUCACCCCGGGAACACCGCGACGUCACGCUGAGAACAAGCGACGUCACGCCAGGAACACGCGACGUCACCCCGGGAACACGCGACGUCACGCCGGGAACCCGCGACGUCACGCCGGGAACACGCGACGUCACGCCGGGAACACGUGUGACGUCACGCCGGGAACACGCGACGUCACGCCGGGAACACGCGACGUCACCCCGGGAACACGCGACGUCACGCCAAGAACCCGCGACGUCACGCUGAGAACCCGCGACGUCACGCCGGGAACACGCGACGUCACGCUGGGAACACGCGACGUCACGGCGGGAACACGUGUGACGUCACGCCGGGAACACGCGACGUCACGCCGGGAACACGCGACGUCACGGGAAGAACACGCGACGUCACGGGAAGAACACGCGACGUCACGCCGGGAACACGCGACGUCACGCCCGGCCCACCCCCACCCCCCGGGCCGCCGUCACUCACCCGCCGCGAACCGCAGCGUCGCCGUGUCGCCCCGCAGCCGCGUGCGCCCCCAGGAGGCCUCGGCGCGGAGCCGCAGCGUGUACACGCGCCCGGGCGUGAGCCCCGCCAGGGCCAGGGAGCGCUGCCGGGGGGGGGAGGGGGGAGGGUCAGCCCCGGUCAGCCCACGCGUGUGCGCCGCCCGCGACACGCCAUGCACACGCGUGUGCGACAUGCUUGCACACGCAUAUGACAUGCUCGCACACGCGUGUGGGACACACGACAGACACGCGUGA